UUAUCCAGAAGAUAUCCGCAUUAUCCUCUUGGAAUUGUUCUCACAAGUCACAUUAUCUGAAAUUAUCCCUUUAACUCUGAAAACACAUACACCAUGGCACCCGCUGAAACUAGCGCUCCUCGCGGUGGUGUCGGCACCCAAGCGACGCCAGCCACCAACUCAGGCAGUGGCUCUGGUCUGGGCGACUCCGGGUACCCCAAAGGCAGCGGUCCUACUACCGGCCAAUUCACCACACUGACCAACCAAAAGGGCACUGCAAGAGAUAGCGACGAGUCCUUUGAGAAGCCUGCCAACCCUAGCGAGGACCGCAGCUUCAUGGCCCAUAAGCCCGGGCAUCCCGAGACGCUACCGGGAUGGGACAAGCUGAAGGAUGUAAUGGGAUAUACCAGUUGAUUGGACUUUUAAUAACGAGCUACGCUAUCUGUAUUAUUAUGGCUACGAUUGGUGUUAUGAAUUGGGAUUGAAAUAAUGUACAAUAACGACCGGUGAUGAUGACGUCAAAGUUACGAUUGUAAUGGCACUUUCCUAUUUCGAUCGCACCAAGCCCUAUUCUGAACCAGGAAUGCCUCCACAUUGGAGGGCUUGUGUAUGGCCAAUGACAAUGUAUGGUCACACCUUGUCCGCCCUCGCCCAUGCUCCGUGC